AUAUUAUAAUAUAUAUCAGUUUGCAAGGAAACCAACAACCAAAACAUAGUUAACAACAAAUUAUAUCGAAUACUUGUGGAGUAUAUAUUAAGAACUUAGAAAUCUACAAAACUUGACAAAAUGGGUGUCCGAAGAACUGGAAUAGGACGAGGAUAUGAGGAAAUGGCUGGAAUUAAUAUUCCAACAACACAUAAUAACACAAGUAAUAAUUUGUCCCAACAAAAUCACGGUCCGAUUACACCAUUAGGACCAGAGUUUGAAUUAGCAUCAGUAACUGUAGUUCCAGAUGAUACUUUUACAGUACAGCAAGCUGUUAAUGCUUUAGGUUUUGGUUGGUUUCAAGUUAAACUAUCAUUAUGUGUAGGCUUAUGCUGGAUGGCUGAUUCAAUGGAAAUGACAAUUCUUAGUGUUUUAGGUCCAGCUUUAUAUUGUGAAUGGGGAAUUAGCCGAUAUAAAAGAGCCUUAAUUACGACAGUAGUAUUUUUAGGAAUGAUGUUAAGUUCAACAUUUUGGACACAACUGUCUGAUCGAUAUGGUCGAAAAUUUGCAAUAACAUUAUGUGGAAUUUUAUUAUUUCUUUAUGGACUCUUAAGUGCUGUUUCACCUAGUUUUAAUUGGUUAUUACUACUAAGAGGAUUAGUUGGAUUUGCUAUUGGAUGUGUUCCACAAUCAGUUACGUUAUAUGCAGAAUUUCUUCCAACCAAACAAAGAGCAAAGUGUGUGGUUCUUUUAGAUUGCUUUUGGGCUUUGGGAGCAUGUUUUGAAGUAGCAUUAGCUCUUGCAAUUGAACCGACUUGGGGCUGGAGAUGGCUUUUAGGUCUGUCAGCUGCACCUUUAUUUAUAUUUGCUGUCAUAACUCCGUGGCUUCCAGAAUCAGCACGGUAUCAUGUUUCGAAUGGCAACACGGAAAAAGCUUUACAAACUCUUGAAGAUAUUGCAAAAAGUAAUAAAAAGCCAAUGCUCUUAGGUCGACUCGUAGUAGAUGGACCACCAGCAGGACCUAGAGGUAGUGUUAAAGCUUUAUUAAGUACUGGUUUAAGAAGAACAACAAUACUUUUAUGGUUUAUUUGGAUGUCAUGUGCAUUUUGUUAUUACGGUCUCGUAUUAAUGUCAACUGAACUUUUAGCACAUGAUCCAUUAGCUAAUCCUAACGAUCCAGAAUUAUGUAGACGAUUGAAAACAACAGACUAUAUGGAUUUGUUAUGGACAACAUUAGCUGAAUUUCCAGGAAUUUUUGCAACAAUUGCAAUAAUUGAACGAUUUGGUCGCAAAAGUACUAUGGCAUUACAAUUUUUAUUAUUCUCUGGUUGCGUUAUAAUGUUAACAUCAACAACUGAACGAGCCUAUUUAACAUUAAUAAUGUUUAUAGCACGUGGUGUUAUUGCUGGUCUUUUCCAAGCGGCAUAUGUUUAUACACCAGAAGUAUAUCCAACUGCAUUACGAUCAAUUGGUGUUGGUGGUUGUUCAGCAUUAGCACGUUUAGGUGCAAUGGCAACACCUUAUGUAGCUCAAGUACUUGUUCAAACAUCACUUUGGAGUGCUGUCUCAGUUUAUGGUUUAUUUUCAGUAUGUGCAGCAAUUGCUUGCAUGUUAUUGCCCUAUGAAACACAGGGUGUGGAGUAAUUAUUGUUUGUUUUAUUUUUUAUUGAAUGUUAAAUUUUAUUAUAAGUUUAGAAAAUUCGUACUUAGUGUACGUUCUUUUUAAUUUAUUUAAGGUCAAAUCUAUAAUUUUAUUAUUGUAAAACAUAAAAUUUAUGUUUUUAUUUAUAUUUAAGGAAAAAGCUGUUCUGUUCUAAAUUAAAAUUCUGACAAUAAUUGUAAGGAAUCUAUUUGUUCAAUUAAAUUAUUUUAUAAUUGUGCAGGCGAAAUUUAAUUUAAAAUAUUGUUCAGUAGCUUUCACAUAAUUAAUUUGGAGGUUAACUACAAUAAAAUUGUAAGAAUUAAAAUAUUUAAACUUAAGAGUUCAUGUAAAUUUUCAUUUAUGUAUUUAAAAAGUUGGUUAGUAAUAGUUUGUAAGUUUGGUGCUAAGCUCAUAAUUAUAUUGUUAAUAUAAUAUUUAUCUUAAAAAAU